AUGGCAACUUCGAACCACCCUUUUCAAGCACGGCUUGAACAACUAGCACCAGAUGCCGUCAUCAGAUUGAACGAGGCAUGUCCCAGACUCGUUAGGGAAUAUGUGUCAUUCGCGCGUGAAGGCGACGAGGGGAUAGCCGAGAGUCUUCUGAAACAAAAGCGCCAGGAAACUUUUGCAUCCAAAUCGCAUAUUUUUCGUCGGCAACCUAGCAAACGCGCUUUUAGCAACCACGAAAUUCACGCCGUCAUAGAGCAGCUAGUUCGAACAGAUGGCUCCCUUGGGGUCCUCGAUUACCUCCUGACAAAAAGCAACGAUGCAAAGCUCGAGAAGCACCUCUUCAAACAGCAGCAGCAGCAGCAUGUGACCAAGAGCGAUAUUGGCUCCCUUCUAAUAUGGGCGGCGCGAAUGCAGCAUCCAUCUAUGGUGUAUCUUUUGAGUCUACAUUCCGACGAGACUGGGUUAAAUGAAGCCUUGGACGUUGUUGUGUCGGGACGCCACAUGGAAUGCACGAAAACCCUGCUUCAGAAUGGGGGAGACCCCAACUUUUGCCAGCAAGCAUUCCUGGCAGCUGUGGCCCGCGGAGACACACCACUGGUCGAAUUACUCCUAAGUGCUGAAAAACGAAUAGCAGCUUCUUGCCUUGAUCAAGCAUUACCUAGCGCUGUUGCUGCCGGACGCUUCGGUCUGGUUUCAGCGCUGCUGAAAAGCGGAGCAGAUGGCAAUGUGCCUGGGGCCCUGGAAAGUGCAGUUCGCGCACGGAGUCGGGAUAUUGUUGUUGCAUUUAUUUUAGCAGAUCAUCCGCCCUCGAAGACAUCUCUUGAUCGUGCUGUCGAAGUCGCCUUUGAUGAAAUUGAAUCCGGUUCUGAUCUCCAAAGAACGCUCAUUGAGAUCAUUCUCUGCGGCGGCGCGAAUGGAGAAGCGGUCCCCAAAAUCCUCUUCAAAGCUGUUGAGCGGAAUGACGAGAAACUUGUCUCCUUGCUUGUCACGUACGGUGCUUCUGUGACGUACAAUUCGGCCGAAGCUAUCAUUCAUGCAAUUAAAAUGGGAAAUACCAACUUACUGGCGAGUUUAUUCAGCGCUCGUAUCGAUGGACAAUAUGCCUCUCAUAUUUUAACAAUGCUCCCUAAAAUUGCCUCGAGUAUUCCACCCUCGAAGCAGUUGGCAAUUAUUUCCACACUGGUGGAGCGAGGAGCUUGUGGAUACGCGCUUCAUCCCUGUUUGGUGGAUGCAGUUCAGCGAAAUUACUAUACUAUUGCCGAAUAUCUUGUGCAAAAACAUGCCUCCGUCGAUUAUGAUAACGCUGAAGCUCUUCGUUGCGCAGUUUCUUCUGUUUCUUUACCGCUAUUCGAGCUGCUUCUCAAGGGCUGCCCUUCGAAGGAGUCUUUGGAACUUUGCUUUCCCUUAUUAGAAGCUGUCCCUUCUAAGCCUCGUCUGAUCAUGGCAGGGCGCUUGUUGGCAGCUGGCGCGAAGGGCAUCGAAGUGGAAAAUGCCUUGAUCAAAGCAGUAAUGUCUGAUUUUACGAUGGAAAAGAUGCCCCUUAUUUACGAGUUUGUGCGGCACGGAAUCGAUGUGAAUGUUCACGGAGGGAAAUGUUUCCGGGAAUCUGCGGCUGCAGGCGAUAUCGAUGCUUUAAAGUUACUCUUAAAAGGAGUUCCUUCGCCUGCUUCACUUGCCCAGGGAAUUAUUCCUGCCCUUAAUUUACCGAACUCCGAUCUCCGAUUCGCUAUACUGGAUCUGCUUGUUUCCGCUGGUGCGCGUGGCCCUCCUGUCGACGAAGGCCUCCUAUAUGUGAUUAAUGACAAACCUGUAGAUAUACCUUUACUGCAGCUGCUGCUUGAUAAGGGCAUUGCUGACGUUAAUGCCAACAAUGGGAAGUCGAUAGAACUGGCAACCAAACAGGGAAAUUCUGAUCUCCUUCAACUGCUCUUAUCACACAACCCAAGCCAUACGAGCUUAAAUACUGCCUUUCGCAUAGCUCUUAAUCUUCAGGACUGCUCUCUUCAGUACGAUAUCUGUCACGGACUCCUUGCAGCGGGCAUCAAAGGCGAGACACUUGACUCUGGUCUCAUAACUGCACAAAGACAGCCCUGGAGUCAUCCAUCGCUCAUGGAGUUGCUUCUAAAAUUUGGCGCUAAUGUGAACUUCAAAAACGGUGCUGUGGUUCGAAAAGCGAUCAAAAACUCCGAUGACAAACAGCUCAAGAUUCUGGUUUCUAACGCACCGUCAACAGACACUUUGGGUGUGGCUUUGGACGCGUUGCUGAAAACGAAUACGAGCACCAAAAACCAAAUGGCAGCGAUCCUGCUGGAUGCUGGUCGCGGCCGAAUGCCAAAAAUAAUAAGCAAAUUUUUGGCUGAGGCAGUGAGACUGAAGUCUGACACGUCCCUCGUGAAGUUGAUUUUGGGAUUUGGUGCCUCUAUUAAUGAUGAACAUGGACAAGCUCUUGCCUUGUCUAUCGAAACCUGCUCUUUUGAUAUUAUGACGAUCCUUCUAGAACACGGCGUCGCCAAUGAGUCAUUAGAAACGGGUUUUACCUCCGCAUGGGCCCUUCAGGGUGCUGAGCGAUAUCAAUAUACUUCCAGGAUUCUCCAGGCAGGUUAUGAUGGACCGCAUAUUCAUAGGGCUCUUGUUGAAACAGUAAAAGAGCCUGUUGUUGACACUGAGACUUUAAAAUUGUUACUCAAUCAUGGUGCUUCGGUUCAUUGCUCUAACAACCUCCCUCUCCUUCACGCUGCUAUGUCGAUGGAUGCAGCUACCUUAAAACUAUUACUGGAGGCCGUUUCCGAUCGGGGAGCUAUUAAUGACAUUUUUUCACAAAUGACUUCAGCAGGCAAUACUUGGCUUUCCCCCACCGGUCUACUGGUAAUCAAGCAGCUUCUAGAAAACGGAGCUUCCGGCGAAGUGAUUGAUUCCGCCUUGGCAGUCUCUGUCGAAAGCUUCGGUAUUAUCGCCGAUGCUACAGAUGCUGUAGAUCUCUUCAUUCGAUUCGGGGCGAAUGCUGAUUAUGACAACGGUCGAGCUCUCAAUAUAGCUGUUGCAAAGAAUAGCCCAGUGCUUGUGCGCAGGCUUUUGGGAUCUGUUGAAUCAACAGUCAAUCUUUCUACAGCAUUUUCUACUAUCCUUUCAUCAAACUUACCAGAAGACACAACCCUUGAAUUGAUCGAAAUAUUUACUCAGAUUCCCGGAGGCAUUCCAGAUUUAAAUAGCUACAUGUAUGAUGAGGAUGGAACACAGCAGGAACCAGUCACAUUCGCAGCGUUAAGAAAGUGGCCGCGUGGAACCAAAAUUCUUGAAGCUUUGUUGAAGGCUGAUAUUCUUGUUGACCAAACCAUCCCAUAUGUCAUCGAGUCUAAAGAAGGGUACGAGCAGGUUUCUCUCCUUCUAUGGGCUCUUCUUCAGCCACAACAAAAAAUCAGUCCUUAUGUUAUUGAUUGCCUGCUGAGGAAUGGAGCAAACCCGAACUUCCAAUCCACUGGAUCUCACCAAACUCCCUUGCUGGUCGCAACAAUGGAGAGAACACCAGAUAUGGUGCAAACACUCAUCCAACAUGGUGCAGAUGUUUCAAUAUGCGACAUAUAUGGGCGUACCCCACUUUUAUACGCCAGUAAACGCGGCCAAGUAGCAACCUUGCGCCACUUGCUAAACGCAAAUCCUGGCGUUGAUGAUGGCAGCAUUCAUGAAGCUGCGCGUGAAUUACACGCUGAUGCUGUCAAAUUGCUCCUUGAUUAUGGCCAUGAUCCUAAUUUCCCUUCAAUGGCUCACGACGGCCGGAGUGCACUAGGAGAACUGUGUCUCAAUGCAGCAGCAGAUUCGGCGACAUCGUUUGGUAAACUCAGACAGACGAUUGAUAUUCUCGUGGCGGGAAAAGCCGAACUCAUUUCUGAUAGAGGCCGCAAGCCACUUUUGAUGCAUGCCUUGGAUAACCCAACCGGCCGCACGAAUGUUACAAAGGCACUCCUCGCGGGGGGUCUUUGGAGACGUGUUAAUGACGAGAAAAACCUCUACUCUCAGGACGGUUUCGUAUUCUCCCCUACAAUGUACCUUGCCAAGGGUUUGCAGAAUAGUUCCAAAGAAUAUGUCCCGGACCUUUUACAUAUCCUCAAGGCCAACGGAUGCAAAGACGUUUUCUACAAACAGGAAGGUCCUCAACCACCAGACAUGGUCGGGGCCCCACAAGACAUCCUCGAGGAGGAAAGGAGGCGAAAAGCACGAGAACGCCGCCUAGAGGAGCAAGAAGAAGAACACCAACUAGCCCUGAAGCGCGAAAUGGAAGUUGCGGAACAGCAAAAUCUCGUUAUGAAAAAGACCCAUACUCUUCGGAUCCAGCAAGAUCGCGAGGUAGCCGAAAACCGUGACGCAGCCACGGCAAACUCGGCCGCGCUACAACUGCGCCUAGAAGCCACCGCAGCUGCACAACGGCAAGUGGUAGCAGACCAGCAGCGACAUGCAGAUCUCCAGCAACAACGAGCCCUCAACCAAAUUCGGCUCGAAGCCACAAAGGAGGAAGGUAGGCUACAGAUUGAAUUCCAAAAAACAUCUGCCGCAAUCCAACAGAAUGUUUUUGACGGACGAGUGCAGGCGGAGUCCCGCAGGCUAAAGGAGCUGGAGACUGCGAAUGAGCGACAGUAUAAGCGGGAUACUGAGCUGCUGUCACGCCAAGAACGUGCUAUGGCUAGUCGAAAAGCAAUGAUGGCAGAUGCAAGAGGGUUUGCGUUACCUGCUAUUAAUGAGCCACAGCGAAGGAUUGGGCAGGGCGACUUGAGUCCGGAUUGA